UGGCGGUGGAGUCGCAGACGCCAACAACUUAUUCUUGUCUCCUCCCUCUCUCUCUCUCUCUCUCUCUCUCUCUCUCUCUCUCUCUAUCCCUACUGUUCCGCGACUUUUAUCCUCGGUACAUUCCUCUUCUAGCGUCAUAUCCCUACGAUUUUCCAUGGCCGACCCCCCCUCCGACGAUCUCGAUCAACUCCUCGAUAGCGCUUUGGACGAUUUCACCAAGCUCGAUCUCGAUCCCUCCGCUUCUUCAAGGAGCGGCGAUGGGGGCGAUGGGGACGGCGGCGGAGGGAAGGGGCCGGCGCUAUCGCCUUCGGCGGUGCAGGGAUUAGGGUUGGGGUUGCCCGAUUUGAAGGGGAAGCGGAAGGGGAAGCAGAGGGCGCCGCCGCUGAAGGCGAACCAUGUCUCCGAGGCGCUGGAGAAGCUCACGCAGGAGACGCGCCAGGCCGUGCGCGGGCUCGAGUCGGCCACGGCCGCCGCGCCGCCGCCGCAAGGGUUCGGGGAAGGGGCUUUCGACAACGAGGCCAUGGUCGAGGAGUUUGUGAAGCAGUUCGAGGAGCUCGCCGGUUCCCAGGACAUGGAAUCUAUUGUGGAAACCAUGAUGCAACAACUUUUAUCCAAGGAGAUUCUUCACGAACCCAUGAAGGAAAUAGGAGAAAGAUACCCAAAAUGGCUGGAGGAACACAAAAAUGAAUUAAGCCAAGAAGAUUAUGAUCGCUAUAAACACCAAUAUGAACUCCUUAUAAAGUUGAAUGAAGUUUAUGACACGGAGCCCGACAACUUCACUAAGAUUGUUGAUCUCAUGCAGAAAAUGCAGGAAUGUGGUCAGCCUCCUAAUGACAUUGUUCAAGAGCUUGCUCCUGAACUUGAUCUAAGCAAUUUGGGCCAACUGUCACCGGAGAUGCUCGGGACUACACCAAAUUGCUGUGUAAUGUGAGAUAGGAACAUUUGUUUUACAGGAGGUAGUGAACCUUUGCUCCUUUGGUAGUGUUUAAAUAAGUUGAUUUUAGUUUUCCGUGCUUGCGCCUUUACAAAUUUUUUGUAUGAAAACAGUGCUCCCAAAUUUGUGAACAUUAUUGUUUUUGGUUGUGCCUCAUUCAAUCACUUGAUAAUCUUUUCAAAGUGAUGGGCAAUUGGAAUACUUUGUCGAUGAUUAUGGAAUACAUCUAAAA